AUGGAUCAAUCAGAUUGGGCAUGUCUACCAGAAGACCUUCUUGAUUUGAUUUUGAGCAGGUUGGUAACACUUUCAGACUAUGUUCGAUUUAGCACUGUUUGCAUGCCAUGGCACACCUUUGCCCUAGAAAAGUACGAUGGGGAAAGGCAUCUCAAACUUUCAACCCAUCAACCUCCACUACUAUUUUUACCUCACACUCGCGGGUCUAAAGAAGAAGAAACUACAUUUAUAAUUAGUAUACAUAAUUUCAGCAAGACAUAUGAGUUAGAAUCAUUCACACCCAUUUGUAGCCAGAGAUGGAGUGGUUCUUCACAUGGAUGGUUGAUUAGCGUGGAUGAGAAUUUUGCCAUUACCCUAUCAAAUCCAUUUUGCUCCAAACUCAAAGGAGGUGAUGUUGGAAUUAUUCGCCUCCCACCGGUUCCAUAUAGAAAUUGCUAUUGUAUUGAAAAGGUUAUAUUGUCAGCUAACCCUACAAUGACUCCCGAUGAUUACACGGUCAUGAUCAUCUUUAACAUGUAUGGUAAAUUGGCUUUCAUUAGGGCAGGUGAUAAAGAAUGGACUUGCAUAAAAAAAUGCCAUAAUGUUGACGAUGUUAUUUAUUCCAAAGGCCUAUUUUAUGCCCUUGAUGGUACUUGUUCAGUAAUCACUUGUGAUAUUAGUGAACAUAAUCCCAUGUUGAACAAGGUUUCACCUAGGCUUUCACCUAACCUUUCACCUGAUGAAGAAGUACAAGAGAUUAAGAAUUAUAUAGUGGAAUCGGCUGGUGGCGAUCUACUACAGCUUCUAAGGUUUAUGGACUGGACUACUGUUGUUCAUGGUGAUAAUAAGAGGCGAAUAAUGCAUGUGGAGACAAAAGGGUUCAAGGCUUUCAAGCUAUUAUUUUUGAAUGGGGAGUCAAAGUGGGUUGAAACAAAGAACUUGGGUGAUGGAUCCUUGUUCUUGGGUGAAAAUAAUUCAACCUAUAUGUCGGCUUCUGAUUGCCUCGGAUGCCAUCCGAAUUCUAUAUACUUCACGGAAUACUGUCCACCUCAUCCUUAUUUUGCUCAUAGUUAUGACAUGGGAAUCUUUAACUUGGGAGAUGGAAGCUUUCUUCAGCGAGAUUGUGUAUCAAAGUUCUUGUCUUCUCCGGUAUCGAUGUUGCCACCAAUUUGGAUCGAGCCAACUUUUCAAGGGAAAAAAAUAGGUGGGUUUGUUAAAAACCCUAAGCUUUAA